GUUUUUCUCGCAGUGGAGUGCGCGCGCCCGGUUGGAAACGGUAUUUUUUUUUCCCCCUUCUCCACGGACUGCAGGCGGCAGCUGACAUGGCACCCGACGAGACGAAGGUCCUACGCGCCGCGAUCAAGCCGCACGAGAUGAAGCAGCUGCUGACCGACAUGACGGAGAAGCCGUUCGUGCGGCUCGGCGACUUCGACCUCACCAUCGAGCUGGACGACCCGAGCAGCGAGCUGCUGGAGAAGGCGCGCGAGGAGCUGCGCGAGACGCCCGACCUGGCGCGCGAGUCGGUGCAGGCGCUCAGGGACCUGCUGCAAGAGGAUGAACGAUUGAAAGUACCUCUAGACAAUGAUGCUUGGCUCAUAAGGUUUCUGAGGCCAUGUAAGUUCUACCCAGAAAGCGCGUACGAUCUGAUAAAGCGCUACUACCAGUUCAAGGUGAAGCACCAUGAGGUCUACAAGAACCUGAAGCCCAGCACGCAGAAGAAAGUCUUCGAGCACAACAUCAUCUCGGUGCUGCCUAAGCGAGAUCAGUUCGGGCGGAGGAUUCUGGUCCUGGAGCUGGGCAAGAAGUGGAAGCACAACAAGGUGAGCCUGGACGAGGUGUUCAAAGGCGCGGUCCUGUUCCUCGAGGCGGCCAUGAUCGAGCCCGAGUCGCAGAUCUGCGGCGCCGUCGUCAUCUUCGACAUGGACGGCCUGUCGCUGCAGCAGGUGUGGCAGUUCACGCCGCCGUUCGCCAAGCGCAUAGUUGACUGGCUGCAGGAUGCAGUGCCCUUGAGAAUUAAGAACAUCCACGUGGUGAACCAGCCUUACAUCUUCAACAUGGUGUUCGCCCUCUUCAAACCGUUCCUGCGAGAGAAGCUUCGGAACAGGAUAAUCUUCCACGGGUCAGACCGGGACUCGCUGCACAGCCACCUGAGCCCCAAGUGCCUGCCCUCGUGCUACGGUGGUACUCUGGAGGUGCCCCAGAUCACCGGCUCUCAGUGGCUGGAACUGCUGCUCAUGCUGGACAAGGAGUAUGAAGCCAUCAACUCGUACGGGUACGACAAGGACAAGGAAUCGAAGAAGUAAUGUCACGGACAGAACAGCUCUUUACAUAUCGUCAUGUCACUCAGGUGUGUGUCAAAGAACAUGUGUGACAAAUAAAAAAAAGAAGACAGAAAUGUAAUCUGAGCUGCUAGGAGGCUGUUACAACUGAGACGUUCCUACACUUCAAAGACAGUCCUAUGAAGCUGUGAGCUUGGCAUUUAACAGUUAAAUAUUUUAUUGACUGUGGGAGUAGCUAGGAUGGCGACUAAACUAUUUUUACGCACAGGUGAUAAUAUAUAUAUAUAUAUAUAUAUAUAUAUAUAUUUUAACAAUUUGCUGUUUUCUGUACCGAAACAAAAGUUGUGCAAUGCAUUUAGUCUGUUAGCAUGAAUCUUGGACCCUUCCUAAUACCUAUAAACUGUUUAGUUCUUUUGCAAUUAAUUUAAAAAUAAUAAAUAGUAUUCUUUUUAUCCAAACAUUAAAAAAUUAUGAAGUUUAUAUUCUGUAACAAUUAACACAGCACAAAAUUUUAAAGACUGAGAAUUACUUUGAGUUUAAAAUUCUUUAAGAUAAUCCUGAAAAAGAAGAUUUAUAAAUAUUUUAUGAAUGGAAGUGUAGUCUUAGUUCAAAUAUAUCAUUUUGUGGGCUUAUUUUAAUUACUCUUGCCUGAUAAAUCUGUUACUUAUAAAACAGUAACGUGAAGUUGUAACAUUAUUUGUUACUUUUUGUAUUGUGCUAAUGUGUAAAUAGGAAACUUGUACAAAAGUUUAUAUUUUAUAUAUUUCCUACUAAGUGAACUUUUUUUAGACUUUGAUGGCCUAUUGGUACUAAGCAAUAUAGUUUUGUUAUCUUUUGCGUAAUAUUACUUAUAUCUUAUUAUAAAAUAUGGAUUAUACUGGUGUUUUAAUAAAAUUGUUAUUUCUGAAA